AUGGACGACGAGUGGCGCAUCGCCGACGAAGGAGACUACGAGCCUCCUGUCCUCCUCGACUUUGUCGACAUCUCGAACGACGAUGAAGCUUCAGAGCUUGCUGGCGCUCUCCACGACUACCUCAUCAACCGCCGUUCCCAGCCCGGCAGUUCGUGGGAUGCUCUCCGGAAAACCGUCUUUGACACGGCAGAAGUCGUCCGUCGGAUCGACACGACACCGUCACGAACGACGUCCACGGUAUCACCAACGAUGCCCACACCAUCUCGAAAGCGCACGCCUGCAGAGAAAACGGCGCAGGCGGUGUCAACUCGCCUUCCGAGCAUCCUCGCCGCUCUCGAUUCACAACCACACCCGGUCUCAGUCGACGAGCUCUGCGCAUACCUUCUCCGAGGCGCUCCUUCCCGUGGCCAGCACGCCGUUCACGAAGAUGCAGCCCUCCUGCGUGCGCAUAAGGGCUAUAGUUGUCGGGCUGGAGAUCUGACGCAAUGGCAAACGGCGCUUCGCCCUCAAGGCAUCGCACCCACGCUCGCACAGUUUUGCGAGGACUCCCUCGACCUCCUUCAUCAUUCCAUCGAAGAUCGCCUCUCCCAACGUCUCGCCAACCUCACUGCAGACCCAACGCUCAGCCGGUGGCUUCAGACCGUCCUCGUCAAGAUCGAGUGUCUGUAUUUCCAGCGCGACUACUCCAACCACACUCAUGGCCACGGCUCCAAGCGCUGGCUUUCUGGCUGGAGGGAGAAGGAGUUCACGGAAUGGCUCAAGCAUCAACCUCGCUGGCCCGACAUUCUCGCUAUCCCUGAAGACGAUCGCCCAUCGUCCGAACUCUACAAAUCACAUCGCAAGACCUUCGACAGGGAGCUCGAGAGCCUCAAACGUUCUCGCUCCCGGCUCGCUGAUCUCUACGAAAAGUUUGGCCCCGCCAUCGUUCUCGACCCAUUCUUCACUCUUGACGACUGCUACGCGUUUCGCUCGGACUACUUUCAGCCUGUAUAUGCCGAGCUUCAUGCGCCUGACACCGCACGUGCACGCCUUGUUGCGAAUGUACAGGCCACAACCGAGACUCUAUGUGCGCUUGCGAGCUUUGUCGGCGGACCCUCUGUUGCUCACUACCUCGAUGUAUUUCUCGCUCGUUUCGUGUUUGCAGUUUGA